CUCAGAUUUGUAUUUCCACUGCGUCGUUAGACUUUUACUAGUCGCUAUUUUCUGAACUUCCCCUCAAAGAUUUCGUUGAUCAGAUCCGUGCUUCGGGUGUUCAAUUCUCAUCUAUUAGCUGAAAGAAGCCAUGGAUUUUAGCAAUUUAAAUCGUCCGCAGAUUACUCUGAUGGGAUCUGCGUUUUGUGUGGUGCUUUCAUUGCAUUUCACACUGCAGCUUGUGUCACAGCAUCUUUUUUACUGGAAAAACCCCAAGGAGCAGAAAGCUAUACUAAUCAUUAUCCUUAUGGCUCCUCUUUAUGCUCUUGUCUCCUUCGUGGGAUUAUUGGAUGUUAAAGGAAGCAAAGCGUUCUUCAUGUUUCUGGAAUCAGUCAAGGAAUGUUACGAGGCUUUAGUGAUUGCUAAGUUCAUGGCUUUGAUGUAUAGUUACUUGAAUAUAUCAAUUAGCAAAAAUAUUGUACCUGAUGAAAUCAAAGGAAGAGAGAUUCACCAUUCAUUCCCAAUGACCCUUUUUCAGCCUCGAACAGUUAGGCUUAACCACAAUACAAUAAAGCUUCUCAAGUAUUGGACAUGGCAAUUUGUUGUCAUCCGUCCAGUGUGUUCUGUCUUGAUGAUAACACUGCAAGUUCUACGGUUUUAUCCUUCUUGGUUGAGCUGGACAUUCACAAUCAUCCUCAAUGUGUCUGUUUCAUUAGCAUUAUAUUCUUUGGUAGCCUUUUACCAUGUCUUUGCGAAAGAGUUGGAACCUCACAAGCCACUUGCAAAGUUCAUGUGCAUCAAGGGAAUUGUUUUCUUCUGCUUUUGGCAGGGAGUGGUGCUUGACAUACUUGUUGCGGUGGGCUUCAUAAAAUCCCAUCAUUUCUGGUUGGACGUGGAGCACCUUGAGGAAGCUCUUCAAAACAUAUUGGUGUGUCUAGAGAUGGUUGUAUUUUCUGUUCUCCAGCAGUAUGCAUACCAUGUCUAUCCAUAUAGUGGAGAUGUUAAAGGGGGUGCAGGUCUCUCCAGCACAGGGUUCAUCGGGGGUUUGAUUUCUUUGUGGAAUGAGGAUGUGGUUCAAGUCACGGAUCAGUAUGUUCAUAGUAGGUUUUUGGCGUUAGUGGGAAAAUUUAAGAAUGGUCCGAUGGAGUUUGUAGUUAUUAAUGUUUAUGGGACUCUAGUUGAAGCUGAGAAGGAGGAUUUUUAUGGGGAGCUGCUAAAUUAUGUUACACCUAUAAAUUUACCAGUUUGUUUAGGGGGAGAUUUCAACGCGUAUCUUGAUCCAAAAGAAAAGAUGGGGAAAUCACAAAAUUGGCAUACUAUCGAUAUUUUCAGGUCUUUUGUGCAACAUGCCAAACUUAUUAACUUGCCUGUGUCAGGAGGUUCUUUCACUUGGUGCAACAAUAGAGAAUCUUCAACAUGGGUGAGACUAGACCGGUUUCUAAUUUGUGCAAGAUUCAUUAAGAAUUUCCCUAACAUUGCGCAGUUUCUUUAACCGAAAUCUACUUCA